GCGAAAUAAUAAUAAUAAGCAAAGAAGGAGAAAAAGAGGAUAAUGGAAAUAGCCGUUAAGAGCCUUUGGUUGCGUUUAAACCCCAAGAUUAUUAGCUAUAAACAUGUAGAGGAUGUCUUUUUUCCUAAUCUUUCUUGUAAGAGAGCAUGUUUUCCUCCUCGAAUUCGAUACAGAGCUCUAAAAUCCCAGGGAAGGGAAAGACAUGUAUGUCUUUAUACCACUCAUGCUGUAUCAUCAGAUGUGGAAGAUGUUGGAGUUUCUUUACAGUUUGAAGACUUCAUUGUUACUGCUACUGGUACCAAAAAGAGCAGAGAGCUAAAGAUAAGAGUUGAGGUAUCAGGAGCCAAAACUCGAGCAAUUUUUAAUGAUGUGUUUGACAAAAUGGUUGCUGCUGCCCAGCCAAUCCCAGGUUUUCGAAGAGUAAAGGGAGGAAAAACACCAAAUAUACCAAGAGACAUUUUAUUAGAAGUUCUUGGAGCUUCAAAAGUUUAUGAGCAAGUAAUCACAAAAGUAAUUAACUCUACUGUAGCUGAAUAUGUUGAAAAGGAAAGACUAGCAGUUGGUAAAGAUUUGAGAGUUGAGCAAAGUUUAGAAGAUCUUGAAGAGAUGUUCGAACCAGAUGAAAAAUUUAGCUUUGAUGCAGUCAUUCAACUUGAAGAAACGAAUUGAGCAAUAUAUACAACACUUUGACUAGUAUCUUUCCAAUGUGUACUUUUGGGAUGUUGAACUAUUAUUUCCAGAAUAAGAUUCAUGGAUAUUCUAUUUGGAAACUAAUUAUUUCUGAGCAUGCCAUGAGUAUUAGCUUGAUCACAACCCUUGUAGGAGAUGAUAGCCAAAGCACUACUUUUUUACUAUCUCAAAAUCAA